CCGUGAGCAAUCUCCCAACUCAUCUCUGUAUAAAGUCAUAACAAAUGUCGGUAAUAAAGUUCCAUGACCGUUCGAAUUCUGCGUACUUGAUUCAAGAUGGCUUAACAAGAUGGCGGCGGCUGUCUCUCAGCGGCGCGCAGCUCCCCAUCGAGCCGCCGCUAGUUCCCGCGGCGGCCGCCUCGCGAGGCCAGCGCCACCGGCGAACUACUUGUCGAAACCAAUGAUGGCCGCGACCCUCGAGAUGUGUGUAGCGUCGGCGUUCGAUCGCGCGUGUUUAUUGUGAAAAACUACUCACAAGGGGCUCCGUUAACGUCGCCGGGUUCAAGUCAAAAUGGCGGACGACGGUGCCAGCGGCAACAGCAGCAGCGGUGAGGCGAGUCGGCUCCAGCUGCUGCAGGAAAUGCGCCAGCAGAACUUCGACAGCAUCCGGUUUGCGUCCUACAGGACCGCCUGCAAGCUGAGGUUCAUCCAGAAGAAGGUCCACCUGCACAAUGUCGACAUCUGGAACGCCAUCGAGGCCUUCCGGGAGAACGGGCUGAACACGCUGGAGCCGUCGAGCACCCUGGGCGUGUCGAGGCUGGAGACGCUGUUGUCGUCGCUCUUCCACGCGCUCAACAAAAGGGUGCCGGUCUCCCAGCAAGCCAAAGUGGACGCCACUACAGCGUUGCUGAUGAAUUGGCUUCUGGCGGCUUACACCAGUGGGGAAAACAACAAGAUCUCCGUCUUCUCGGUGAAGGUGGCCCUGGCAACCCUCUGCGCGGGCAAGCUCAUGGACAAGUUCCGAUACAUUUUCUCGCAAAUAUCGGACGGCAACGGGCACAUGAUACACUGGAGGUUCGCCGAGUACUUGAAGGAGGUCCUCGCUCUCACCGCUGCCGUUUACGAGACUCCGUCCUUCGGGUACUCCGAGGGCCUCGCCAACUCGAUAUUCCCCCCGAAUUCAAAAGUCACCGUGAACGACUUCCUGGACACCUUGAUGUCCGAUCCUGGGCCUCAUUGUUUGAUCUGGCUUCCUCUAUACCACAGAAUGGCCGCCGUUGAGACUGUGACACAUCCGAUCGCGUGCGACGCCUGCCACAGGGAGAACUUCACCGGGUUCAGGUAUCGCUGUCAAAAGUGUCACUCCUAUCAGCUCUGUCAAGAUUGCUUCUGGCGAGGCAAGGUCUCAGGAACGCACAACAACGACCAUGAGACCAGGGAAUACAGCAGCUUUAAGUCGCCGAGCAAGCAGAUCGGGCACUCUUUACGUAAGAGCUUCAGAUGCGUCCCGGAGAAGGGGAAGAACAGCAUCCCAAGAUUCCCGGAACAGCCUGAAAAAACCCUCGACUUGUCGCACAUAGUACCGCCGUCCCCGUUGCCGUCUCACAAUGGAUUUCCAGAUCCAGGAUUCAUGGCGCCCUUCGACUCCGGUUCUAUGGACAGCCGGUCCACGUUGAGGAGCAUGGACAGCUCGAGACUGGACGACGAGCACAAACUGAUAGCCAGAUACGCGCAGAGGUUGGCCCAGGAGGCGAGAACCGUGCCACGAGCCGCGUCCAGAAUAUCCCAGGCCGACCAAGCGGGAAGAACUCCUUCGGACGCCAAUUUGGCCUCUCUGGAUGCAUCGAGGGCGCAACGAGAACUCAUCUCGCAGCUCGAGGCGAAAAAUAAGGAGAUUAUGCGAGAGAUAGCAAGGUUAAGGAGGCAGCAAGAGAUCGAGGCGGCUGGUCUUGAGAAUCCUGCCUUGAUGUCAGAAUUGAGAGCCCUUCGACAGAGGAAGGAUGAGCUGGAGACACAUCUAGCUACUCUGCAGGACUCGAGGAGACAAUUGAUGGUCCAACUCGAAGGUCUUAUGAAGAUGUUGAAGAACCACCAGGCGUCCCCACGGUCCACGCCGAACAGCUCGCCACGUAGUACGAAGUCCCCGCCGCUGCCGCCAGGGGCGCUGUCGAGCAGCCGAUCGGCGCCACCUACGCCGGGAGGACCUUUGUCGACAACGCCCCAGCAACAACAACAACAGCAACAGAGUCAGCAACAGAUGUCGCAGAGCUAUCAGAGCCCGGUGCCGCCGACCUCCGUAGCCGCCAACAUGGCCGGUAACGCGAUGCUCGGGACGAUACAGAAUCCCGUUCCUGAUAGCCUCUCCUGCGUCGGCGGUGACGUCAGGUCUGCGUUCAGGACGAACAGCUUGCCAGGAAGUGGCUCCAGCAGCGCCAACAAUAGCUUGGGCCGUUCCCUCAGGAACGACCUGUUGGUCGCCGCCGACAGCGUCACCAACGCCAUGUCGACCCUCGUCCGGGAGUUAAACUCAGACUCAGACCAGGAGGAUCAGUCUCACACCUCGUUUCGCCGGAACAUCAGAAAACCCAUAGACUUCGAGGCUGGCGAGGACGGUGACGAUAGCAGCGGAGGAGGGAACUCGUGGCGAGAGGAACUUCACCGUCGCUACCAGCAGGAGAACGACUUCCUGGCGGAGCUCAGGGCGCGCAACAUAACCUUAUCCCAAACACCGUCGGCAACGCCAUCUUGCGAGCAGGAACACGACCGUGGCGAACGCGAGGAGGCAGAGGGCGAGAAAGAAGACGACAACGAGGUUAACUGGGCGGAAGCCGUCAAAAGAUGGGUCAACCGAUAAGUUAGGUUAUUAACCUAACCUCAACAUAGACAACGAUAGUCACAAGGCAGCGUCGUAGCUGGCAAGAGUCUUAACGAGGCGAAAUCUUAGCCAGGCUGAAGCAGAAAACGCACAGGGAAUAUAGUGGGGAGGAUGCAGGUUAGAAAAAGUACUCUUCGAUCCUCAUCAAUGAAGAGGCAUAAAUUCUCUUCGAUGCUCAUAGAAGAAAAUGCAUAAAUUCUCUUCGAUCCUCAUCGAAGGGAAUGCAUAAAUUCUCUUCGAUCCUCAUCGAAGGAAAUGCAUAAAUUCACUUCGAUCCUCGUAGAAGGAAAUGCAUAAAUUCUGUUCAAUUCUCAUCGAUGAAAAUCCAUAAAUGCAUGGCCUUAUUACCCAGUUACUUUAUUUUGAAUUGUAUACAAGGACUUUUUGUCUUUGAUUAUUACUAUGCAUUGUUUUAAGAUGUACUUUAUCGACUGACUGAACCGUAGAUACUUCCCGAGGCUGACUUAAAGGACAAUACAGGAUCGCACACAAGUUUCUCGAGAAUUGGUUUCAAGAGAAUUACUGUUGAGAAAUAGAAAUCAUGAACACUCCUCCCUAUAUCCCUAAGUGCAGUUUAGCUUAUCUGGAUAGUGGAACCCUAAAUGCGAUCGCAGAAUUAAAGCACACACCUUACCGGCAACUGUUCUAUGUUUUUGUUUAACCCUCUUUUCCUUGAAUCUCGAGAAUGAUCUGCGGAUCUUCUUUUCUGCAUUCUACUAGUUUCGAAUAAGCUGAUUAGAUUCGAUACUCAAGCUGCAACUAUAACCAGAGAAUCGAUAUAGUUUUUGUUCUUAAUCAAAAUCUUUUACACAGCUUUAUACAAGUUUACAAGUUUAUAUUCAUGUACACGCUUUCUACGGUUUUCUAACCCUAAAAAAUGCAGUUUCCAAUUAUGUUGGUCGCUUAAAACUGUAACCGAAGCUUGCUGUCAUCGCAUGAUCUGCUACGCUGAACAUUCUAACCUUUUUACUGAAUGAAAGGAGACGUAACAUCGAGACUUAGAAAAUCAUUGAAAUGAUUCAGAAAGUGUACUACGUGCUAAUUUAUACUUCGGUUUUAUAAUUUUAUAUGUUUUGCACAUUUUCUGGAUCGCUUUACUUACUUCUCACGGAGAAUGUUAAUUUUCAUCGAGGAAAGUCUUGCCAGUAAGGUGAGCUUGUCUCUGACAUAAAUAAUGAGCACGGCUAAUAACAAUUUAAGGGAGAAUAUUACUCGACCUAUUAGUCAUCUAAUUUUUCUCAGUGCUCAACUACGUCGAACAAAGGAGAGAAAGAUGUACGAGGGAGGGAGAGAGGAGCAAGACAAAACUAUUCAUUUUAUUAGUAUAUUUGCGAAAAUGUAUUCCAUACCAAGCCAUAGAUGAUAAGUGUUACGAUCAAAUGUUUAGAAAGUGAACCCAAGUGAAGAAAUGAUGUACAAACAAUGUAUACUAAUGGUCUAACGAGAGACUACAAAGUCAGGCAUAUGGAGUCGACGCAUAAAUAUAUAUCUCUGAAUAAUUAUAUACAAUCGACAUUCACAAGUUACUUAACGUAUACAUUUUGUAUGCAAGAUCAUUUACGUAUAAUGCAAAUAUUCCAUAUAAUUUGAAUUAAAAAAAGAUUACAUAAAUUUAUGUGCCCAUUUUUGUGAAGUUUUAACAUCGCAAACGCUCGUUAAGGAGAUUAAUGAACUUUUUCCAUAUAAAAGAGUCGUUCGGGGAAACAAAUAACUCGGCAGAGUCUCGCGCCAAAUACAUUACUUGUAAGUUUCUUCACUCGGGGACAUCAGAGGGAUUCUUGGGGUCCAAAGGACGAAGGAAGACGUAGAAAUUUCUGAAAAGAUAUCAGGAAAACGCUCGUUCGUUAAAUUUUGGGCCCUGAAAUCUUUUAUUUCUUCCGCCUAAGCGCGACGAGACAACCGAGAAUCUUCCUCCACGUCUCGCGGGAGCUUUGACCAAACUUCAUUAAAAGUCGUCUAUAAGUAAGCCGCGGCUAGGGUCGUUUUUUAACUUAAUAAAUCAUCCAACGAAAGAUUAUUAGUAACAGAGAGAAAAGAAGGAUAUAAUAGCUACUUCGUAUUCUUUUUCAUAUAUUCGUACGCAUUCGUAUCGGGGUUUUCGAAUCGUACAGGGCUCUACUUGGUAACUUAGCGAUCUCCUUAUUAAGGCGGUGUGAAAUUGGCGCCAAAGAGGUCUCGCUUAUGAAACUUUUCUCCAAACAGAGUGCACCUAAUCGUUUCAAACUUUACAGUAUAAAUAUAGAGGCUAUUGCGAAGGUCCCGACACCAAUAAAAUUUCGAUUCUUUGAAAAUUUGCUCCUAGAUUUUCCAAAUUUUUCCUUCACUUUGGACGCCACUUGCACAUCCCCUUAAGGGGAUACUUUUAAAUACUCCAAGUUAAUAGGAUUCACAAUCUCGACAAGUACAACUCAGCGCAGCGUGGAACGCGAUCAAAUAUACAAAUAGUUCUCGUAUUUACGAAUUAAUUGGUUCCUGGCGAACGUUCGUAAAGUGAGGUUAGGUUCGCAAAGGAAAAUUACGGUCGCAAGAAGGGAUGUAUGAGAUGUGCCAAUUUGUAAAAUGGGAACUGCCUGUAAUGCGAAUGUAUUAAGGUGCUAUUUACCGUUGAAAAACGCAUGGAAAAGGAAAAAGAAAAAGGACGAUAUUCCAUGCCCCCUGAGUUGUAUUUUAACGAGGUAUUUAUCAAAGCGAUGUAAACAUGCAAAAUAGGACCGGGAAAAAUCCAACCGAGGGAACACCCGACUUGAAAAACCGGGAAAUUAUUCACAACCCAAGAUGGCCGAUUGCCAUUGCCGAAUGAAUUAAAAAAAAUUAAAUGAAUACGUGUAAUUGGAAACCGGAUGGCAAUCGAAGGAGCUUACAAAAUGUUUGUUCACCUUCUCCCCCUAACCCGUGCGACUCGCUCCUCUAAUCAGUAUUAUACCUUUAUAUCUCGGGGAAUAAUGUAAAAAUGUGGCCGAUAAUUUCGCAUGAUUUACUCGCUUAUGACCUCCCUAACUAUAUCUAAAAAAUUAACCGCAUUUAUUCCAACAUACUUACUCCACGGUUCUCUCACACUCCACCCAGGGGCAAAUAGCAUAAUCCUAGAGAGAGCAUCCCAGGAUGCCUCCGACCCCCGAGGUCAGAUCUCGCAUGCAAAUCCAUCAUCGAUUGCCAUUGCCGAAUGAAUUUAAAAAAAUUAUCGAAAGAGCUUACAAAAUGUUUGUUCACCUUCUCCCCUAACCCAUUCGACUCGCUCCUCUAAUCAGUAUUAUACCUUUAUAUCUCGGGGAAUAAUGUAAAAAUGUGGCCGAUAAUUUCGCAUGAUUUACUUGCUUAUGACGCCAUGACCCAAGAUGGCCGACCUGGUUAUGCUGAGAUAUGUUACUGUUUCCUGUCAGGUGUUUCCUCGAGAGGAGUUUCGCUUAUUAAAAGCUACUGUUGGUACUUUCCUCCUCUCCGAUUACCAUAACUUAACGCAUCCGCAAAUCUUCGAGGUAAAAUAGCCAGUUUUCUAGGACUCCACUGUAAAUAAGUCUGAUUUUUAUCGUUUCCUAAGUAGGAGGCAGUAGGCGACGCACAAGAAAACCAUAAAUAAAUCGUGUAGUUUGGGCUUUGAAUGUUGGAACUAACAGUAUCGGAUUUAACGGUAGCCUAAUGUAAUUAAGACCUGUAAUCGUUUGUAGUCGUUCCUUUACUCCCUAAGGUAACCGCGCGAGAUCGAAUUGGCAUUCGAAGUCUAAACUAUGCAAAAGACUGGCCGAAGAUACGAAUCCAACGAUUUAUGUACUAACUGGAUAGCUGAUAUCCUUCAAAAUAGCCUGACCAUGAACUAGAUAAGAAGACAUAACGCUUAUGAUCGGUUCCACUGAAACUGACCCCAAAAUCGAGACCCAUGAUUUCAGACUUUCGCUGAUCUAACGACACGAGCGCUCCUGACGGAAAAUGAGUGAACUAAAAUCGUAUCCCACCAAAACAAUUCCUAUCGACGUAAAUGACCAAAAAUGCUUUUAAUUUCGCAGUUAAAAUUAGCAGUUAUACGAUAAUCCAAGUAUUGUAUGCAGAAUAUGAUGUCUUUAAUAUGAUAAAGACUAGGAGACAAUAAUUAUUAAUUUCAAAAUUUCAUCUAGGGGGAGCUCUCGGCUCUAGAUUAGAAAAAAUAUCUAUCUUGGACCCCUAAAGUGGAGACGAUUUCUCAAUACUUGGUGUUGGAUCUCCUUAUACUACUUCGUGGAUAUCAGCUAUCCAGUUAAUAUAUAAAUCGGUAGACGAAUAGCAGGAAAAGGCGAGGCGCCUUUAGAAUCCACAGAACGCGUGUGCCACAAAUAUGAGUUUUAGUUCCUACUAUAAUAAUACGCAUUCCACGGACGGUAUUUACAAGAAUGGGAAAUGCCGAUGCGCCAGGGUCGACGUUAAGCAUUUUGUAAAAUUAACAGCAAUAGGGAGUCCCCCUUACAUAGUUUCGGUGUACAUAUGAUUUGGUGGUUUUACCCUUUUGUUCAUACAUAAAUGUUAAUAUAUGAGAAAUGUGUAGUGAUUCGAAAGUCGAUUAGCGAGAAAUAAACUACCUAGUCAACGCGUGAA